UUCUUCUUCUCUCUCUAGCACCGCUGCCUUGUUUUCUUCUUCUGCGAUAAGCAGAUCCAAAAUCCAAUGGCGGCCGUCAAUCGUCUGCUUAAACCGUCGCCGUUAUCCUCCUUCGCCGCUAUCUCCUUCCGGCGAUAUCUAUCCACCACCGCUGCUACAUCACCGGAGACCGUUCACCGCACGAUUCUACAUCCUCCGCGUUUAGAUUCCAAGGUCAGAAAUGUCCAGUGGGUGUUCUUAGGUUGUCCUGGUGUCGGUAAAGGAACCUAUGCUAGUCGCCUAUCUACUCUCCUAGGCGUUCCUCACAUCGCUACCGGAGAUCUCGUUCGCGAAGCCCUCGCCUCUAAUGGGCCUCUCUCUAAUCAGCUAGCUGAAAUUGUAAAUCAAGGGAAGUUGGUUUCAGAUGAGAUCAUAAUAAGCUUGUUGUCGAAGAGACUAGAGGCUGGAGAAGCUAAAGGUGAAUCUGGCUUCAUUCUUGAUGGUUUCCCUAGAACAAUAAGACAAGCGGAGAUAAUGGAUGAUGUAACAGACAUUGAUUUGGUGGUUAACCUAAGGCUGCCAGAGGAGAUUCUGGUCGAGAAAUGUCUUGGGCGAAGGAUUUGCAAUGAAUGUGGGAAGAAUUUCAACGUGGCCACCAUUAAUGUGAAGGGUGAGAAUGGACGACCCGCAAUCACCAUGGCUCCACUUCCUCCUCCCCAACAAUGUGCUUCGAAGCUCAUCACUCGAGCAGAUGAUACUGAGGAAGUAGUGAAAGAAAGGCUUCGUAUAUAUAGUGAAAAGAGUCAACCUUUGGAAGAUUUCUAUAGGAAUCAAGGGAAAUUGCUAGAAUUUGAUCUUCCUGGAGGGAUACCCGAAUCCUGGCCAAAGUUGCUUGAAGCUCUUAGACUUGAUGAUCAGGAGGAAAAGCGAUCUGCCAUAGGUUAAGUCCUUUUGCAUUUACUAAACUAAUAUCAUUCUUUUGCAUGUUGUUCAAGGUGCUGCAUGCCAAACAAUUUUUGCAGAAGCAAGGCAAAAAUAGCAUCUUGUCUUUUUGAGGAAUAAUUAUUUUGAACAUGCCAUGUGUGAUGGCUUUGAAUUUCUUUUUGUUGUUUGAUGAGAUAUAGGGUCAUUUUGGAAUUUCGGAUGGAAACUGUCAAUAAAUUUAUGAAAAUUGCGUUAAA